AAAAAGAGCCACUUAGUCUGAAUGCUGGCCGUGCUAUGACAACCUCGGUGCUCCUCCAUCCACGCUGGGCCGAGCCGGUGAUGUUCCUCUACGACAACAGCUUGGAUGAGAUUAACAAGAACAUGGAAGGCUUUGCAGGAAGCAAUUUUGCAGCCAACCAGUGCAGGAACCUGAUGGGGCACCCUGCACCCCUGGCCCCCAGCAGCGCUUACCCCACCAGUGAGGUGCCAGUGUCUGGCAUUGCUGAACCUGUCAAACAGUGCAGCCCCUGCUCUGCAGUGCAGAGCUCUUCCAGUGCCAGCCUGCCCUAUGGAUAUUUUAACACCCAGUAUUACCCCUGCAGGAUGGGCCACCACAACACCAUCAAGUCCUGCUCACAGCCCUCCUCCUUUGCAGACAAAUACAUGGACACCUCGGGCUCUGCAGGGGAAGAGUUCUCCUCCAGGGCCAAGGAGUUUGCUUUCUACCAGGGCUAUGCCACAGGACCCUACCAGCCAGUCCCUGGCUAUCUGGAUGUGCCUGUGGUGUCCACUAUUGGAGCUCCAGGAGAAGCCAGGCAUGAGUCCUUACUGCCCAUGGAUGGCUACCAGCCCUGGGCUAUCACUAAUGGCUGGAAUGGGCAGGUCUACUGCUCUAAGGAUCAGGGACAACCAACACACCUCUGGAAAUCCACCCUGCCGGACGUGGUGUCCCAUCCUCCUGACGCCAAUUCCUAUAGGCGAGGCAGAAAGAAACGUGUCCCCUACACCAAGGUACAACUUAAAGAGCUAGAAAGGGAAUAUGCUACAAAUAAAUUUAUUACCAAGGACAAGAGAAGAAGAAUAUCUGCAACAACCAACCUCUCAGAGAGGCAGGUCACUAUCUGGUUCCAAAACAGGAGGGUUAAAGAGAAAAAGGUUAUUAACAAACUGAAGACCACGAGUUAAUGGACAAAGGAGGAGAGAAUUCUGGUUCUGGAACUCAGCCACCCUGGCAAAAGGUUAAUCAAAGCUCAUCUUCUGGACCUCACGAACAAGGUUUUGAGAAAAACACAUU